CUGCAGGGAUGGGCAGGGAAAACCCCAAGUGCUGGGUAUAAAUACCCUAGACCUGGGGAGAUGGGGAUACAGAAGAACUUGAAGGCACAUCAUCCUCAGAAGCAUCAGUUCACUCCAAGAUGCAGCACACCCCUGUGGUCAUGCUAUGCCUUCUGCUUAUAACACUGGGGCCUCAAGAUUGCUCUACCAGUAGUUUGUUAGAUCCAAAGCCCACCUGCUGCUUUAAAUUCCUGAAGAAGAAACUUCCAUCCCAACUCAUCAAAAGUUAUGAUUUCACCAGCUCUUCCUGCUCCUACAAGGCUGUGGUGUUUACUCUGAAGAGGGGUAAAAUAUACUGUGCCCUUCUUGAACACAAAUGGGUUCACAAUUAUGUAAAAGAAAUGAACAAUACCAACUCAACUCCAAGUCCAAAUUGAGGGCCACCAAUACCAGAAGACCAUCCUGAUUCCAGGAGUUGUGAUUAUACCCAUCCUUCCUUUGGAUAUAUUGUAUAUUUAACUGUCUGUGUCUAUGUUGUGCUCCCAGUUAGAAUGUAAACUCCUUGAAGACAACGAAGGCUUCCCACUCCCCCCAUCCUUUUUGUCUUAUAUCUGCAGUACCAAUCACACUGUCUGACACAUCGGGGAAUUGACAAAUGUUUGUUGAACUGGAUUGAAAGUGGAUUUCCAACAAAGAAUGAAGGCUGUCUGGAGACCUCAGGCCCUGUUUAUCCACUAGUCUCUGACUGACAAUUUUGCCAGGCUCUGAAGCUUGAAUUAGGUCUCAAUAAGCUAUUAUUAUAUCUUAUUUAUUGAUAGGUCUAAAACCUUCGAUUUUUUAAACCUGUUUAUUACUUGGACUCUGCUUGGAAAUGGAGGUGUAGCCUUGUUGGACUCAAACUGAGUGUCAUAAGUCAAUAUAGGUCUGUUUGACUUGGAAUGAACAUAAUAUCUAU